CCCUACAGUACCCAUCACCUCGUCGCGUUCAGCCGGGAUGGACGCUCGACCACCGAGGCCGGCCGGACCGCGUGCCCUGAAUCCACUCUCCGACGACAUCGUCCUCUCCCAACUGUCAGUGCCGCUGCUUUACGGUUCCACCGGCAUUGUCGACACGAAUGCCGUCUUCGACUUCAAGGAGGUCCCACUGAUAGACCUCUCCUGCCUCCCUCCCGGUGAACGCCCUGGAAUCCCAAGCCAGGUUCACAUCAUUGACUUCAAGCCUCAAUGGGUAACGGAUCUCUCUUCCGACAACCUCAUGACGGUUGCCAACAACCUCCUCAGGCCGAAAUGGCCGAUGUUGACUGGCACCGUGCCCGAGCGACGUCAAGCUCCUCGCUGA